AUUUGGAGCAUCUCAUAGGCCUGCACUCGUCAACUGCAGCGGCUGCGACAACUCCUCUUAUUACAAAUACUAGUAUCAGAUGAACAACUAGUCGCACACCCAUGGAAUGAAUUAGACAGUUCCAACUUUCCCAAGAUUUAGAAUUUAGAAGAUUAUGCUCAGAGAUGCAAUAUUUUGCUCUGCACCAAACUGCAUAUCCUUGAGAGCAGAACACUAUGGGAAGAAAGAGCUUGCCAUCUCUAUCUCCAAUCUCCACAAAACACUCUUCAGUCUUCAUAUUCAUCUUUACAUUCCUAUGUCGCGAAGCCGCUGCUGCGUCUCCUUCAUCUUGCGGCAAUAUUCAUAAUAUAAGCUGUCCUUUCAAACUCAGAGGUGAUCAUCAGAAAUGCAAAGCUUUCACCCAGGAGCUUUUGUGCCUCAACAAUCAGACUGUCUUGUAUCUGCCACCAGCUAAUAAGCUCUGGUAUUAUGUUGAAAGUAUCAAUUAUGACUACCGUUCAAUUAGGAUCGUUGAUCCAGGCCUCGAAAAGAAUAAUCUCUCUUCUAGUCCGCUUCAUUCAUUGGCAGAAGAAGACUUGCAGCAAUACGCUUACAGAGGUGUGAGUAGAAACAUCGAGGAUCGAAGUCUCUAUACCGAAACAUUGUUCCACUUGAGUGGCCUUAAUCAGCCUAUUGCAAUGAUAGAAUGUCCUUUUCCAGUAAAUUCUACUCAAUACAUCAACGUUACUUCACCAAAUUCAUCUUAUUCUCUUUCAGUGUUUGGGAAGAAAUAUAUAUACUCUUAUGCUUAUAAGGUGGUUGGAUUUUUAGCUAUACCAGAAGUGAAGGUCAAUUGCAGGAUUAGCAACGUAGCUUGGGUCUCACUCCGGUCGCCUUUUAGACGAAUUUUCUUGUCAAAUAAAUCUCUAGUUCACGAUGCAAUGGUUUAUGGAUUUGAAAUCCCCUGGAGUUACUUUUACUGCUUGAAGUGUGAUGCGACUUACUCAGGAAAAGAGGCAUGCGAUGCUUUAAAUCCAGAUCUUCGUCGUUGGGCUUGCAAAGACUUCAACUCACACUGCAAUGUCCUUCAUCCAAGCUCAUACAAUCUUACAGCUUCAUGCAUCCGCAAAAACAUACAUGACAUCUUAACAAGCAGAAAAAAUCAGAAGACCGUUGGAAUAUAUUUUGGUGUAAGAUACUUUUUAGGAUUACUACUAUUGGUCGCUGUGUUGGCUUAUAGAGCUAGAAGAAGGCAUUUAUCAAUGUAUAACACCAUUGAGGAUUUUCUCCAAGCUCAAAACAACUUGAUGCCUAUAAGGUAUGCUUACUCCGAUAUUAAGAAGAUUACCAAUAAUUUUAGUGAGAAACUGGGUGAAGGAGGUUUUGGCACGGUGUAUAAAGGAAAGCUUCGCAGUGGACUUUUUGUGGCAGUAAAGAUGCUGGGCAAGUCUACGGCAACUGGCAGAGAAUUCAUUAAUGAAGUUGCUACAAGUGGAAGGAUUCAUCAUGUCAAUGUAGUGGAACUCCUUGGUUUUUGUUUUGAAGGUCCAAAACGUGCUCUAGUGUAUGAGUUCAUGCCUAAUGGAUCUUUAGAGAAAUACAUUUUCUGUGACUGUAAGGAAGGAACAGAAGAAGAAAUUGCUUCCUUGAGUUGGAUAAAGAUGUAUGAUAUUUCCUGCAAGGUAGCAAGUGGAAUUGACUACUUACAUCGAGGUUGUGACAUGCAAAUUUUGCACUUUGACAUCAAACCUCACAACAUUCUCCUCGAUAAGAAUUUCAAUCCAAUUAUUUCGGAUUUCGGGCUUGCAAAAUCAUAUGCCGCGGACAACAGCAUUGUGACUCUUACUGCAGCAAGAGGUACAAUGGGCUACAUGGCUCCGGAAAUGUUUUACAAAAAUAUUGGUGGAAUUUCAUACAAAGCAGAUGUUUAUAGUUUUGGAAUGUUGCUAAUGGAAAUGGCUGGUCGAAGGAAAAAUUCAAAUCCAUUUGUGGAUCAUGUUAGCCAGGUUCACUUCCCGUCGUGGGUAUACAACCAAUUUAGCGAAGGUAAAGAGCUUGAGAUGGAAGAUGUUACCGAGGAAGAACUGAAGUUGGUGAAGAAGAUGAUAAUAGUAGCAUUAUGGUGCAUACAAAUGAAACCCAGUGAGCGUCCUCCAAUGAACAAAGUUAUUGAGAUGCUAGAAGGACAUGUUGAACACUUGGUAAUGCCUCCUAAACCUUUUUUAUAUACAAAAGAAGAUCCGGCAGAGAUAAAUAGCAGCUCAACUCAAUCUUUCCUUAAUUCACUGCAAUCUGAGGAAUAAAUCUCCGCUUCAAAUUUAUUUUCUAAUUUUAUAAACCAUUCGAGUUUAUCUGGCUCGUAGAUUUACCACCAAAACUGCCAUAGGAACAUGAGCUUCGGUGCAUGUGUAAGUAUUCAAGCAAGUUCUUGUCUUCUAUAGUACUAUGUGAUAUAUUUAAGACUA